AAUUAUCUAUUCACCACAAUACCCUUCCCGCUUCUGUCCGUGUCACUCACUCACCACCACCACCACCACCACCUCCACCGCCACCUCCAUGCAUUGUAUAUCUUGUCUUCCCCUCACACCCAACACCGCCCUACAACUUCCCCAUUCCAAAUCUCAAACCACCGUAAUCUCCCCCAACCCCACACCGAAACUCACCCCAAACACCACACUCCACCACCACAUCACCGCGCUCUGCAACACCACCGCCGCAGGACCCGACAUCUACGGAGAACUCCUCCAAGGAUGCGUCUACGCUAGAGACCUCGGUCUCGGCCUUCAAAUCCACGCCCACGUCAUAAAAAACGGUCCCUCCUUCUCCCAAAACAACUUCCUCCACACCAAGCUGCUCAUCCUCUACGCCAAAUGCGGCCACUCCCACGUCGCCUUCCGCCUCUUCGACAACCUACCGGAGCAGAAUCUCUUCUCCUGGGCCGCCAUUUUGGGCCUGCAAGCCCGAACGGGUCGUUCCCAUGAAGCGCUCUCCAGCUACGUCCGGAUGAAAGAAAACGGCUUCUCUCCGGACAAUUUUGUCGUCCCCAACGCGCUCAAGGCCUGCGGGGCCCUCCGUUGGCUCGGGUUCGGUAAAGGGGUUCACGGCUACGUCGUGAAGAUGAUGGGCUUUGACGGGUGCGUUUAUGUGGCGACCGGGCUCGUUGACAUGUAUGGGAAAUGUGGGGUUUUGGAGGAUGCGGAGAGGGUGUUUGAUGAAAUGCCUGAGAAGAAUGUGGUCGCUUGGAACUCGAUGAUUGCGGUUUACGCGCAGAACGGAAUGAACGAGGAAGCAAUUAGGCUGUUUCAGGAGAUGAGACUGGAGGGUGGUGUUGACCCGAAUGCGGUCACUUUGUCGGGUUUCCUCUCAGCGUGUGCGAAUUUGGAGGCGUUGGUGGAAGGAAGACAAGGGCAUGCUCUUGCUGUUUUAAUGGGGUUGGAGAUGGGUAGCAUUUUGGGUAGUUCCGUUGUGAACUUCUAUUCCAAGGUUGGUUUGAUUGAGGAGGCUGAGUUAGUUUUUAGAAACAUAGUUAUGAAAGAUGUGGUUACGUGGAAUUUGAUUGUGUCUAGUUAUGUGCGAUUUGGGAUGGUGGAGAAAGCACUUGAGAUGUGUUAUUUGAUGAGAAAAGAAAAUUUGAGGUUUGACUUCGUGACAUUGUCGUCUUUAUUGGCUAUUGCUGCAGAUACGAGAGAUGCGAAACUGGGUAUGAAGGCACACGGGUUUUGCAUCAAGAACGACUUUGAUUCUGAUGCGGUUGUGUUGAGUGGAGUCGUAGAUAUGUAUGCGAAAUGUGGGAGGGUGGAAUGUGCAAGAAGAGUGUUCGCUUCUGCUGAAAGGAAAGAUGUUGUGUUGUGGAACACAAUGCUAGCAGCUUGUGCAGAAAUGGGUUUGAGCGGUGAGGCGUUAAAACUUUUCUAUCAAAUGCAGCUAGGGAGUGUUCCCGCAAACGUUGUUUCUUGGAACUCUGUGAUAUUGAGUUUUUUUAGAAAUGGUCAGGUUGUGGAGGCUCUAAACAUGUUUUCAGAAAUGCAAUCUUCAGGUGUUAAGCCUAAUUUGGUCACAUGGACCUCUGUGAUGUCUGGUCUGGCUCGAAACAAUCUUAGUUACGAGGCUGUUAUGGUUUUCCGGCAAAUGCAGGAUGCGGGAAUCAGGCCUAAUAGUGUGAGCAUAACUUGUGCUCUCUCAGCGUGCACAGACAUGGCACUGUUAAAAUACGGAAGGGCAAUUCAUGGGUAUGUUGUGAGGCAGUACAUGUCUCCAUCUCUUCAAAUCACAACCUCUAUUGUGGACAUGUAUGCAAAAUGUGGAAAUUUGGAUUGUGCAAAGUGGGUUUUCAAUAUCUGUUCAACAAAGGAAUUGCCUGUAUACAAUGCAAUGAUAUCUGCAUAUGCAUCGUGUGGUCAAGCUAAUGAAGCCCUUGCACUUUUUAAACACUUAGAGAAAGAGUGUUUAGUGCCAGAUCACAUGACUUUCACUAGUGUCUUGUCAGCAUGCAGCCAUGGAAGAUUGGUGAAGGAGGGCCUAGAGGUUUUCAAAGAUAUGGUCUAUGAUUUCCAGAUGAAGCCAUGUGACGAACACUAUGGCUGCAUAGUCAAACUUCUUGCUAACGAUGGCCAGAUAGAUGAAGCUCUGAAGAUUAUUUCCACAAUGCCAAGCCCUCCGGAUGCACAUAUACUAGGAUCCUUGCUUAAUGCUUGUGGGCGAAAUCAUGAGAUUGAGCUUGCGGAUUACAUAGCAAAGUGGUUAAUGAAAUUGGAGCCAAAUAAUUCAGGGAAUUAUGUGGCUCUUUCAAAUGUGUAUGCAACAUUGGGAAAAUGGGAUGAAGUGUCAAAUAUCAGGGGCUUAAUGAAAGAAAAGGGCCUGAAAAAGAGUCCUGGGUGUAGCUGGAUUGAAGUUGGACAAGAACUUCAUGUUUUUAUUGCUAGUGACAGGUCACAUCCUGAAAUAGAGAAUGUUUACAAUAUUCUGGAUUUGUUGGUAUUUGAAAUGCAUUAUGCAAAAGAUAAACCAUUUUUACUUCUCUAAUAUGUGGAUUAUGCAGGAAAUUAUGUGGAUUUGAGUACCCCAUUUGAGAAAAAAGGUUUGAUAUAACUGUGACCAUGUGUUAAUCUUUGUUAGUUAUUUUAUGAACGUAAUUAAAAUCCAUCUUGUCUAUUGUACAUUCAAGGCAAUUGACGUUCCAAGUAGUAAUGGUGAUUUUUCCUCUGCUUGUUCUUCAGGGUCUUCUUUAUGCAAUAAUGAAAGUUAUGCAAAUAUCUGUAGGCAGUUGCUCUGUGGAGAGUCAAAACAUUAUACUUCAAAAAGCUUACAGCAUAAUAUCAUCACACACUAACUUUCAGUUCAAUGAAGUCGGAAGAUCACCCCUCACUCCUGAAAAAUAUGACAUAUCUCCUAGAGAUGAAGGAGUGCUUUCAUUAUUUGCAUCAGUAACUAUUGCAGUUUCCCCCAAAACACAUAUUCCAAAUAUAAGAGGACUUCUGCGUUUAUUUAUAAUAGCCCUCCUCAAGGGUGUUGUUCCACUUGCACAGACCUUGGGUUCUAUGAUUAACAAAUUCAUUUCAAAAGCCAGCGAUGCAGAGAACUCCAAUAAUCUUACCUUGGAAGAAGCUCUGAAUGUUAUAUUCAGCACAAAAAUAUGGGUUUGUAGUACUGAUGUGUUGCAGGGAUGUAAUGGAGCAGAUAAUGGGAGUGAAAUGGUUCUUACUGAAUAAUGCCUGGGCAUUGCAAAUGAUAGAUUACUUCAAAGUUCAAACCAAUGCCAUUUGUGGGCUCUCAUGGAUUGGAAAAGAUCUUUCUUGUAUCGAGCUUUUGCACAUAUCAUCUCUGAUACUCCGCUGAUUGUUAUAGUAAGUGAAGCUAAAAAGCUCAUACCAGUUCUGCUGAAUUGCUUGUCCAUGUUGACCGAAGAUAUUCAAGAUAAAGAUAUUUUGUAUGGUCUGUUGCUAGUCUUAUCUGGGAUAUUGACUGAGAAAAAUGGGCAAGAAGCUGUCACGGAGAAUGCUUAUAUUAUCAUCAAUUGUCUGAUUAAAUUUGUGGACUACCCUCGGAAAACAUGUGUAUCAGAUUAUUGAACUUCUAUU